AUGUGGGAAGUGAUUGCAGUUAUGCCAAAGGUCAUCAUCAAAAACCUCAUGCUAAAAGGUCAGAAGAAGAUCAAACCCAUCACUGAGAUUGCUUCAUAUGUCUCAUCCAUCCUCCAAAUAUGCUCCAGCAGCCUUAGUUCUCUCAAGAAAGUUCAUGCAAAGAUCAUUGCUUUAGGGCUCCAAAACGACUCUAAUGUAUCAACUGAGUUGCUCACUUCAUACAUUUCAUUCAAUAGCAUAGACAUAGCAACUCUUCUAUUCAAAGCUCUACCCAACCCAAAUAGUUACCUAUGGAAUAUCAUGAUAAGGGCAUACGCUUCUGAUCGCCAUUUUCGAGGAUCAUUAGAGCUUUAUUGCUUGAUGAUAGAGAAGGGUUUGAGAUCAGACAAGCUUGCUUUCCCUUUCGUGCUUAAAUCAUGUGCAGGACUAUCGGAUUUGUUUGCUGGGAGAGUAAUUCACAAUCACUCUGUGUGGUGGGUGUAA